UCCUGCAGCUUUGCAAUUGCCUCGUGCUUUCCGCAACUCCGAGGAGAUCUCCCAGCUAACUUGACUGCAUUAGCGAGAAGCCUGGCUAUAGCGCCUUGCUCGAGAGAAGGUCGGAAGUUCGGAACCUUGAAUCAUGAGUCACCUUACGAUCCAGUCUCUCCGCGAGAUGAUGAAAAUUAUUCUGGAGUCUCCCAGAUUUGAUCGGGUGCUGAAUAAGAUGUCAGUUAUUUCUGCCACUCCUGGAAAAAUUGUCUGUGAAAUGAAAGUGGAAGAGGAGCACACAAACCGAGGCGGGACCCUUCAUGGAGGAUUGACAGCAACUCUGAUAGAUGAUGUGUCAACCUUUGCUUUGCUGUACACUGAAAGAGCAGCACCUGGAGUCAGUGUGGAUAUGAAUAUUACCUACAUGUCUGCAGCUAAGAUCGGAGACGAAAUCCAGAUCACUGCGGAGAUUCUGAAGCAAGGAAGAAAAUUGGCCUUUGCCAACGUGGACUUAAUAAACAAGGCGACAGGGAAAUUGAUAGCCCAGGGGAGGCAUACCAAAUACCUGGGAUAAUCACAGAAGGAAGUAGUCACUUCAUAAGCUUUGGGCCUAGAAGAAAAAGAACGGGGUAGCAUUUUUAUUGAAGUAAGUCAAACAAAGCAAUACAGUAAAAACAAUAGAUGAGAAUGGAUUAAUGUAACAAAUCCUCCUUAAUGUUCAUGUAAACUUAAGGUGAUGGUUCAAGUUCAUGUUUAUUAUUCCAUGUGCAUUUUAUUGUAAGCCAUCUCUUGGGGGCUGGAAGGGAUGCUGUGUGUGCAUGUGCCAGGAAGCAGGAUACAAAUGUAAUUAGCAACAAUUUGUCGUUGCCAGAAUAAUGUGUUGCUGUGACUAAUGCUGGUUUGAUUCCUGAAGAGAAAGCUACAAAGAAAAGAUGGAUAAAACUGUCUGAACUGAAGUGUUCCAGCAUCUGAAACCUGGGAACCAUUUGUGGAAGAGGUUCUGAUGCUGGUGCUUUUGGGUUUGGGUGGGUUCAGAGUCCCCAGGGGUGGGCCUCUGCAUCCAGGAUGUUUUCACUGAAAGAAGGAGCGGUGAUUGGGGUGGGGGGGGAUUCUGCUUUCAAUGGCUGAGGAAGCCUCCAGAACAGCAUGAGAGGUGGUGCCAAGGGCUGCAGGAGGGAAGGAGGAAUUGGUGAAAAUUGCCUCUCAUGUGCAUGUGUACACACAUGGUUACUCCAGCAAGAAGUCUCUGUGAAAUCUCAGUCCCUUCUGCAAAUUGGAGGAGUCCUCCUCUUUGCAGAUGGGUGGCUAUAGGUCCAGCUAAGAAUGUUUGCAGAUGACUUCCAUGUCAGCCCAAGUGUUUGGACUGACCAGUGUACUUUGAAUCCAGUGGUGAAUGACUGACAAACUAAGCAUAAACUACUUCUUCCUCCUCUGUUAAUUUGUAGAUAUUAUUGAACCAUGUAUAAAGUGAAUUGAUCUUAAAAGGGUACUUUUCCUUCCAAAAUAAUGAAUCUAAAGCAUGAACACUGUGUUAAAAGGAAGUUCAGUAUGGUGACAACUCAACAGUUUUCAAUAAACUUGGUUUUGUAAACUU